UUUGGCGACGCUUGUGGAGGUCACAGAAUGGAAUUUUGGUGGCGCACAAUGACAGCAAGAAACCAGCCAACCCCGUGCUUCAAAUGGGCGUCAUUUAUGGUCAUACAGAAUGACUACGGAAUAUGAAGCAAAAUAUUUUUCAGCAAAGACGACUUUGUAGGGGCCAUUCGUGGAACAUCGAUGUUUCUGUUGAGUGUUGCCAGGCCGCAUCCUCCGCUUUCAAGCUGAGGCAGCCAGUGUGUACAUCAAGGGCGGAGGAGGAUGGUGUUCUCGCUCACUGCCAGCCCACUUUUGCGGCUUGUUACCGUGCUCCUUAUGGCCGGACUAACUAUUCGACAUGCAUCCAGUGCUACCACAGUCGGUCAGAAGCCGUCUUUUGACACGAGUAGCGUCACCAACAACAUGGUAUACUACAUCAAAUCAGCCUCAUUCAAUAUUGCCUGCCUCGCUUCAGGAUAUCCCAAGCCUACAACUACGUGGCUGCGCAAUGAUGACGCCGUUGAGGUUACCAAAAUGCUGCCGCAGCCGGUCUUUUUCCACGGCGUGAUGGGCUUCACCAACAUCGACACGUUAGCGGAAGCAUACAACGUGACUGGCUGGUACACGUGUAAAGCCAGCAACCAAUACGGGACAAUCUACUCUGACAUAGCCGUUGUAGCAUACAUCCUUCCCAAAAUACUGCUUCAUCCCAGCAGCUUGGUCAUCACAUCUGCUGCUAGCACUAAUCCGUACCAAGCGCAGUUCAUGUGCUUCGCGUCGGGUUAUCCUCUGCCAACCUACGAGUGGUACCUUAAUAGCAAGACAUCCUCUAAACUGGUACCUAGUGGUUCUGUCAGCAUUGGCACGUUAUCAUCGGGACACUCCAUGCUCACCCUCAAGAGUAGAUCUUCUGGGACGGUUUACUGCAAAGCAGUCAACGCCAGAGGGAGCGUCUGGUCUAACGCGGCAAUAUUGUCUUCAAGUUCUACCAGCUCCUCUUAUUACAUCACUACUAAGCUCACAACAUACCGAUCUUUCCACAAGGGUUCGACAGCAUCGUACACAUGUCGCUUUGUGUACUCGAGCAGUAGCGGUAGAGUCGACUGGUAUUUCAACGGGAAAAAACUGAACAACGGCGGCCGCUAUUCCAUCAGCACCAGCAGAUCAAGCAGCGGUGGAUGGCUGUUUGCCAACUAUGCGUACAAUGGGUAUCUCUCAAUUAGAUCGCUGAGUGAUGCCGACUCUGGUGUAUACUCUUGUGUGAGCACCGUGAGCAAUGUUAACCGCGACCGUCGCUGCUUUGCACUAUCUGUUCUUGUGUCACCCACCAACUCCUUGAACAGCGCUUCCAAUCUCCAGUACCUUCAAGACGGCAGGAGAUCGGCGUUCUUUGCUGGCUUCUCAACCGACGAAGCUGCACGUCCGCAGCCACGGCCCACGUGGCAGCUUUCGGAUGGAAGCAGUCUCUCCAAGUCAGCCAUCAGUGGCACGAGUGAAAUCAUCAGCAGCGUGGGUCUAUCAGUAGUACAGAUCCUUGGAUCUUCAGCAAAUAGCAAUAGCCAAGUAUCGCUGCUUUCCACUCUGUAUAGUAUGAAGUCACCAGUAAUCAACUACAGUCUUCUCUACUCCUGUGCAAACAACUUGGUCGUCAACCGUGAGGCUGGCCUUGGCCUAGACGGCUGGAGGACGGUUAGCGGAGACACGGCGAGCAGUGUGACAUAUACUGGUGCCGACCCAGCAUCAUCUUACUUCUACCUUUCCCAGUCAACACCUCAAACUACGGACAUUCCUGCUCUGACGCAGGACAUCAAUCUUCCUCCUGUGAAAGUCACCACCAUGAAUAUCAGAAUGCGUGUGGCACAGCACUCGCUCUCAAGUGGUGUGUCUCCCCCGACGCCAAAGAUCACCUAUGCACUGUAUUCAAGUGCCAACAAAAAGCUUUCGGAGACCUCCAAGGUACCCACCUCAUCUCAACUCAAGCUCGCUGACUGGUACUGGAUGCAGUGGUCCGUCUCUGCCCCAUCCGCCCUAUCCAAACUUGUCUUGUCGCUAACAUCAAACAGUGCCCUGGGUGCUGACGGGCGUGUCCGCUACGACAGUGUAUGCGUAUCUAUUGCCUCAUCUCCAGAGGCGUCAGUGACGCUUGUUCCAACGGUCACAAGUAGGUCCUAUCUGGCUGGAGACUGCAUUCUACUGACAUGCCCUACGGUUGGAUAUCCAGUGCCUUCAAUCCAGUGGACUAUUGCAAGUCCUACCACUACAGCCAAUCAGUAUUGGGUGGACGGAUCUCUGAAGCUAUGCAAUCUUCAGAUUACUGAUCAGACAACAUACACGUGCAAGGGCACGAACAACGCCUUCAACACACAGAACGACAAGUCGAUAACCUUCACACUCACAUUGUAUGUUCCAACAACUGUAUAUAUACCCACAACAACACCGACCACCACUCCGACUACCACUCCGACCACCACUCCGACCACCACACCAACUACCACACCGACUACCACUCCGACCACCACACCAACUACCACACCAACCACCACACCAACCACUACACCAACCACCACACCAACCACCACACCAACCACCACACCAACCACCACACUAACCACCACACCAACCACCACACCAACCACCAUCCCUACCACUACCCCUACCACCGUCCCUACUACCAUACCAACUACGCUUCCGACCACAGUGACAACACCGACGACCAGGCCCACAACCACACCCAUCACCACAUCACCAACAACGACACCAAUCACCGCAGCACCAACGUCCACACCAUCACGUGCAACACUGCCAAUACCGACAGAGCCCAUUCAAGAGUUCACAACUGCAAGGCCAACGGCACCAGCGACAACAACCAAUAUUGUGCCUACAACACCGUAUGAAGUCACUGCAGUGCAGACUAGCAAGGAAACAACAGUUACUAGCAAUCAUCCACCCACGCUAAGUACCACAGCCACCACUCAGGCAGAUUCUUCAAGCACUGUGGCUCAGUUUUCAGCUUCAAGCCUAUCCUCUGAGACACCUACUAGCUCUGUCCUACCUGAUUUACAACAAACAGGCGAACAGAACCAGGGAGAGGGUGAACGCAGCAUCACACCUAUCAUCAUUGGUGGUGCUCUUGGUGGCGUACUUCUCAUCAUGGUGGCAAUGCUAUUUGUCAUCUUCGUCAAGAAACGGAAAAGGGCUGACAUUUCUAAACACCACCAGCCUGAGGUCUUCUAUAGCCACAAGAAGACGGGCGGUGGUCUACAUCGCUCUGAAUCUACUGCCUCCACGUCUGUCAUGCUGAGGAUGCAAGGCUUUGCAGAAUCAGACGAUGGUCACUUUAACCCGGCGUACCAAGGUGAAGAUGGAAUGGACCAUUUAGACAGCCUUGAUGGCAUUGGUGACGCUAGCGUGAACCCAGCAGAUCCUUUCCAGCAGAUGAUGGCCAGUGGCAGCUUGAAAAGGACACCAUCAAAGCCAAAUGCGUAUGUAAAGCAUGACUUCAGUGGUCCAGCAGCUAGAUCUCCUACAGGUAUGGCAAAUGGCAGUAUACCGACAAAUGGCAGCAUGCGGCAACCCAUACCGAGUCGCAGCUCGUCUCUAAAACCAAGCCCUACCAAUCAUUCCACUGCUGCUGGAGAGAAGAAGAAUGCCCAAACAUUGGCUACUGGCAGCAAAGCUGGUGGGGGUGUGCCAAUGGCGAAGCGUGGUGCGACCAGGUCCGUUCGUUCCACUUCAGCAGCAUCGGAUCUUCCCCCAGAUCUACCUUCUAGUUCACGACCAUCAUCAGUUACACUAAACAUCUCGACAUUGCCUGCUUCAUCCCCACCCGCUCUUCCACCUGGAUCACCACAGGAGGUGUAUGAAGACAUGGGAGGUGCAGCGGGAACAGCAGCAACAGCAGCAGCACCGGCAAGCGCCCUGGCAGCAGAGACAACGACGGGUGAGGGCGAGUACUACACAGCAAUGGGAUCCACGGCAAGGAGUGCUCCUAACCCUGCAAGCACUCUAUCCACUGGUGUCAAUGGAGGCGAUAUGUACGAACCUACAGAUCUGUCUUCUCGUUCACAAACUGCCAGAGCCAGGACAAUGGCUAGCAACACAUCAAGGACCCUGCCUGCAGUGCCUCAGACAUCUUCUCGACCGUCAGCUGCUAUACAGAACCCAGUGUCCCUAAGUGCGGUUUCAAGCAGGACACAGGCACAACGUUCUGGCGUUUCGCUACAAGAAGCACCGAAGUUGCCUGCCCGAAACGCCACGCGACCAGCAUCUCAGCAGCAGCAGCCAGCCAAAUCAACGACAAUGCCUGCUCAACUCGACAAGCGCCAGAGAGUUAGCAUACCUAAGCAGACGCAGCUCAGCCAUGCUGUCACAACAGACCAACGCCAAGCUGAAAUCCAGAGAAAGAUUGACAGUGAGAGCAAGAGGGCGCGAGACGCCACUCAGCGUCAAAUGCAACAGCGCACAGUCAAUCAGUCAAGACCGCUACCCGCUCCUGGCGCACCAAGAAUCGGGUAUGAAGAUGUGAAAGUCAGGCCAGCUGCUGGCGGCAAGAAAAAGCAAUCCGGUACCGUGAAUCCACCAGCUGCUUCCUCAGAUGCUGGUAGACCUUCUCUGAAAGCAGUUGGCCUAGCGCCCUCUAUUGACGCUGGUGAUUACUACACAGCGUCCCAACUCAAGCCCGUCGGCCUGCAACAACCUGUAGGUGCGGGAGAGUAUUACACAACUUCCCAACUCAAGCCCGUCGGCCUGCAACAACCCGUUGGUGCGGGAGAGUAUUACACAACGUCCCAACUCAAGCCUGUCGGCCUGCAACAACCCGUUGGUGGGGGAGAGUAUUACACAACGUCCCAACUCAAGCCUGUCGGUAUUCAGACCAGCCAGGGUCAAGAAGGCUACUAUACAAUCUCUAAGCCAUGACACAGUAACUGCUACCCCAUCUCUGAGACAUGACACAGUACAUGACACAGUACAUGCUCCCCCAGGCUAUCUGCAUGUCAUGACACAAUAUUUGCUUCCCCCUCCCCCCAUGGAGUCCAUUCUAUUCGGGUAUCGUAUUGUCUCAGACAGAAUUAGCCCUUUAUCGCAAUCCUGCCACAUUUACAAGUUCAGUUUGAAAGCAAGUAGCACCCCCCCCCCCCCCCCCCAUGGAGGCCAUUCUAUUCGGGUACCGUAUUGUCUCAGACAGAAUUAGCCCUUUAUCGCAAUCCCGCCACAUUUACAAGUUCAGUUUGAAAGCAAGUAGCACUGCUUGAAUCCUAAAAUAGUCAGUCUCGGCAUCUAUGGUAAAUGUAUACUAUUAUUGUCAUAGUGACGUUUGUUUCACGAUAGGAAGGCUAGUCAUAUAAUCGUCAUCACAUACAUGCGCCAACUGUUGAGCAUUCUCUCUUGUGCCCAUAGUCACUUGCUUCUGCAGGCAGAAGCAAGAUAAUUUUGAUAGCGCUUGUAGCGUGAGGAGUGCUGAUGUGCCAUUGACGUCAUUGCGGCUGGAUGUGUUCCGUUGAUCUGUUCUGUAUCUGCUCUCUUCUAUUAAUUUUAGUUGUCACCAGUAAAUUAUUGUAGAUGAUGGUGUAGACUGUAGUCCUGAUUGAAGGUUGAUUAUGCGGAGCGGUGCUUGCCUAUGCCUUUUGCCUUCAGUUGACUGAACUGUGAGUUUCGUCCGUCCUUCAAUACUCAGUCCAACCAUUACUGGAGUGAUUUUGGCUUGCGCAGUCAUUUUGUUGUGCAAC